AUGUCUACCAAGAGGAAACUGUCUCUGUCCACUCCUCAGCCUGCCAAAAAGGAAAGAAAGGCCAUUGAUCUAGACACCAAAAUGAUGAUAAUAAAACAGUAUGAAGGAGGAAAGAAAGUGAAUGCGAUCGCGUGUGAUAUGAAGUUAUCACACUCUACUGUGUCGACUAUUUUAAAGGACAGAAAUAGAAUUCGUGAAGCUGUGAAAGGUUCUGCACCUUUGCGAUCAACAGUGAUUACGAAGCAACGUACCGGGCCCAUCCAUGAAGUGGAGAAAUUGUUAAACAUUUGGAUGGAAGAUCAGAUUCAACAGCAGACGCCGUUAAGCCUCUUUACAAUACAGUCGAAGGCUAGAAGUCUGUUUGAGACUUUAAAGGAAUGUGCCGGAGAAGACUACAGUCAAGAAUUUGUGGCAAGUACUGGUUGGUUUAAGAGGUUUAAGAAAAUAUUCCAGUUGCAUAAUGUUCGAGUGACUGGAGAAGCAGCGAGUGCAGAUGAGGAAGGAGCUAGUAAGUUUGUCGAUAGUUUUGAUGAAAUAAUUAAGAAUGAGGGUUAUCUCGCAGAGCAGAGGGUUCAAGCUGAAGCCCUUCCUAAUUUAUCAUUCCGAAAAUCCAGGUGCAUUUAA